UAUUGUCAACUUCCCGUCUAUGGUUAUCUUGGUUGUAAAUGUAACUGGGGCCACAUAAAUAAUUGUUAGGCUACUCAUUUUGAAUCCACCGGUGUCAACUUGUGUGACCAUAAACGUCUGUGUGGGCACUGGGCACAGUAAAUAAUUUGGUUACUGAUCUGUCCUGCAUCAUAGAAGGCCCUUCAAGUUGGAACUAGGAAAUUCUGACAUUUCUGACUCGCUAACUCGUUAUGGAAUGAUGAUUUCAAGUUUCCCACUUGUGAAGUAUCAGAAUCAACCAGUAGGAAGCUCUACGCUAAUAACUUACAUUCACUUUAACUCUGAGGUUCCAAGCUUCUGAUGGCAUGUGAAUGCGUCAAUAAUUGCCAUGGUAAUUUUGAAUGUUCAGUCAGUGAGCAUUAUGGGUAAUUGUCCUACAUACUUACAUCAAAUGCUAUAGUAACAGUGCCAUUCCAAACACAAUAAAUGUGAAAAUUAACAAAGAUACAAAAUAUUGCUAAAGUGAAGAAAAUCUGUUUAAAAUUGUAGUAGGAAAUGCCCCUGCAGCAGGGAGGCUUAUGGUAUUAUAAUAUAUUGUAGAUAACAUUAAUAUAAUUUGUGUAUUUGCAGUAUCAGUACACAUACAAAUGAAAGUAUAUGCUAGGGAUUAGUCUACCCUGAGUGAACAAAACAUUAAGAACACCUUCCUAUUGAGUUGAUUUUUUAGGGAAUGACAAUAUGCUCUAUAUUAUACCUUCAGAUCAUCACACCAGCCGAAGUUGCUGUGCAGAGGGAGGGGAUUCUUUCAGCCGCCAGCAUCUAUGCACAGAGGGAGGAGAUCCUCCGAUCAUCAGGCCUCAUCCCGUCACAGAGGAAGGGGAUCCUCCAAACAGCCAGUGUCACUGCGCAGAGGGAGAGGGUUCUCCGAGCAGCUAGCAUCACUGCGCAGAGGGAGGAGAUCCUCAGAGCAUCAGGCCUCAUCCCUGCACGGAGGAAGGGGAUCCUCCAAACAGCCAGUGUCACUGCGCAGAGGGAGGAGAUCCUCAGAGCAUCAGGCCUCAUCCCUGUACAUAGGCAGGGGAUCCUCCGAGCACCAGUCCUCAUCCCUACAAAGAGGGAGGGGAUUCUUCCAGCAGCUUCUAUCACUGCGCAGAAGAAUAAGAUGCUCAGAGCAUCACAACUCACCCCUGCACAAAGGGAGUUGAUCCUCCUGAUGACCAGUGUCACUGCGCAGAGAAAGGGAAUCUUCCCAAAGGCCAGCGUCCCUGCGCACAGGGAGUGGAUCGUCCCAAAGGCUAGUGUCCCUGCAGAGAGGGAGGAGAUCCUCCUCACAGCCAGUGUCCCUGUGAAGAAUGAAAACAAUCAUCCACAACCACCUCCCAUCAUCCCCAUGGUGGCACCACUGUGGAAAUGGGAUGGUGGAGCGUGUAUUCCACCUGUGGAUUUCUAUUCCAAGAGAAGAGAUGUCCGACUUAGAUAUGUUGAGCAUCCUGCUAUGAUGUCCAUCACCAAGCCGGAACACUCCGAUGCCAACCCUCAGUUCCAGACUGGCACCCGGCCGGUGGCUGAGCCCGAGAUCCCUGCUGUUCACAAUAACAGUGGAGGCUGGCUCAGCUGGGUCUUUGGGAGUGGAAGAGCUAAUAAGAAGGAGGUUCAUCUACCUGAGGACAAAGACAGAUCUAUUGUCUGGGAUCCAACUCUGCACAGAUGGGUUAACAAAACUGAGCCCAAGGCUGAGAACAAGUGUGUACCACCACCUCCACCGAUGGGGACAUAUGGAUAUCAGGGGAAUACUGGCAGUGUCCCCAAAGGAGUGAAUCCUUACUCUAUGAAAGCAGCAGGUCUAUGGGGCAGCAGAUACCCUACAAUGCAUUACAAUGAUGGGACCAACUCAAAGCCUCCAAGCCAUGGGCCUGGACUGCUUCCUAGACAGCUCUCUGGCUUGCUCCCUCCUUCACACUUUGACCUCAUGGCACCAAUGGUUGUGCCACCUGACACUCUACCCUACUGAGGUAUGACUCUGGAAAAUCCUUCCAAAUUGUAUCCAUUCAUCAUUAACUGAGAUUUUACUUGAACAUAGCAAAUGGCUGAAGUAGCAAGAAUGUUAACAUUUUUUUGUUUUGUCCAACAGGCCAAUUGCCCAG